CAACGGCCUCGUACCGAGGACCAUCCUCCAGUCCUUUCCGACUCCUCGGUCCUCCACUCAUCCCACCGUUGUCUGUCGAUUCGUUUUCAACCACUCCCUUCUCGGCACAGACCCGAGCUCGAAUUGGCUUGAGGACAAUCUGGACUCGAGGGGUCGUGGAUAGAGAUAGAGUAGACAUGCAACCAUUGACGCUGAUGCGGCCGGCGUCAUGGCGCCUCGUCUCCCGCCAAUUGCUCUAUCCGCUUUCUGAUCCUCCAAUACGGACGUUGAGCACCACAUCACUUGCUCCGUCACACUCUCAGCUCUUUGCAGAUCUUCGGUCGAACUCCCGGCGGCUAUACUCUUCCUUCCAACCGCCCCGAGCGCCAGACUCCGAGUCGAAACCCCAAUCGCCUUCUCCUUCUCCCGAUCCCACUCCAUCGUCCACGAACGACAGCUCCUCUCCAGUCUCGUCUGCCGAAUCAAAUCAAUCAAAAUCAGGAGCUUCGUCCUCUCAGUCCUCCGAGAACCAUGCCGACUACCGUUCUUCUUCCGACAGCUCACACCCGUCCUCGUCCUCGUCGUCCACAUUCUCGAAAUCCUUCUCCUCGGCAUCGAACCUGUUCACAAACUCCAUCCCCCGCGUCAUCGACAACCUCCAAGCCCGCCUCCUCACCGCCUCCCAAACUCUCAACGACCUAACGGGCUACACCGCCAUCGAGUCGAUCAAAUCCCAAAACACCGCCCUCGAGGCCUCCCUGUCCGAGGCCCACGCGCGCCUCCGCGCCGCCCGCAACGCCUUCAAGUCCGCCACCUCCACCCGCGCCGCCACCCAGCGCGAGACCACCACCCUCCUCGCCCGCAAGGAGUCCUGGGCCCCGCAGGACCUCGAGCGCUUCACCGACCUCUACCGCCGCGACCACGAGCUCGAGCGCGAGGUCGCCCGCGCCAGCGAGACCCUCAGCGACGCCGAGGCCGACGAGCAGCGCCUCAGCCAGGCCCUCGUCUCCGGCAUGCUCCGCCGCUACCACGAGGAGCAGAUCUGGAGCGACCGCAUCCGCCGCGCCAGCACCUGGGGCACCUGGGGCCUCAUGGGCCUCAACGUCGUCAUGUUCGUCCUGCUGCAGUUCGUCGCCGAGCCCUGGCGCCGGGAGAGGCUCGUCCGCGCCGUCGUCGAGGAGGAGAAGGACGUCCUCACGAGCGUGAGGGAGGAGCUGGAGGCUGUUAGGAGCGCCCUGGCCGCGAGGGGCGGCGCCGGAGAGGGCGAGACUGCUGCUGCAGUCGCCGUUUCUUCGGAAGAUGCCACUGCGUCUGUUGAUGAUGGUGUGGAGGUCGCCAUGGCCGCCUCGGAGCCACCGGCAGUGUCCCCCGCGGUGGCAGCAACGGAGGCGACCCCUCCUCCGUCACCAGCAGCCAUAACCUGGGAAGAACUGCUCUCGGAUCCGACCUUGUUGAAGGUCAGGAUCGCCGACUUGUACAGUGACCGCAGGAUUGACCUCCGCAUGAGGGAUGCGUCUCUACUGGCUCUCCAGGGCGCCGUAGCGGGCGCUACCAUCGUCGGAGGGGCCGCUUUUUUGCUUCUGAGAUCAGCGUAGAACUUCUCUCUCCCUGCACAUACCUACAUCCGGCCUCUCCCGCCUUGGAAUACCGUAAUGAUCCACAGUCCAUCUUCACUGUACAAUAAUGCUACCACCUGGAAGACAAUAGACACAAACGUUAUGGUUUCGUCCCGUGUCACCAUAGCCGCCAUGGAAAAGAAAUGACAACUCAUCUAUGUGUGUUCUUUUGCUCGCUAUGGAAGGAAUUUUUUGUAUCCGGUAUCAUAGCAUACGUUUUCGCCCAAAC